AUAACAAUCCCGUAAAACAUCCCCGUUUCUAACGCAAACAACACAGGAAGAACAUUGCACAUCGGUAGUGCUCCAUACUAAAAUGCCUCCCCUCCAGUUCUGGAAACCAGGAACACCGGGUCCUGGCUCUACUCUGGACCGCGAAGCUGAAACCGAGGGAUCGCUCUUGGCCGGACCUCUUAACAACAACCUGAACGCUUCCCUGUCUCUGGCAUCGCAGCGGACGCGGCUACCAAUCUACAAGCACAGGGAGAAGCUUUUGUAUUGCGUGGAAAAGUAUGGAUGCGUGAUCGUGGUUGGCCAGACAGGAUGUGGAAAGUCGACUCAGCUACCACAGUACCUGAAAGAGGCGAAUUGGGCAUCGGAGAACCAUGUAAUAGCUUGCACGCAGCCCCGGAGGGUAGCUGCAACAACAGUAGCUGCACGAGUAGCCGAGGAGGUCGGGAGUGUGCUAGGAGACGAGGUCGGCUACUCGAUCCGGUUUGAAGAUCUCUCAUCACCAACGCGGACAAGGAUCAAAUACCUCACGGACGGGAUGUUAUUUCGGGAGACUAUGGUCGACCCCUUGUUGAGUCGGUAUAGCGUAAUCAUGAUCGACGAAGCUCACGAGAGGAGCGCAUAUACGGACCUCUUGCUAGGACUGCUCAAAAAGAUUCGACGUAAGAGGCCCGAGCUCCGGAUUAUCAUCUCUUCAGCGACCAUCGAUGCGGAGGAUUUUUUGGAAUACUUCAACUCGAACGCGGAUGGUGACGAUCGGUCACAGGACGAUGCCAUUAUCCUCUCGCUCGAAGGGCGGACUUUCCCCGUCCAAACCGCUUACCUAGAAACCCCCAGCCCCAACUACGUUGAAGCGGCGGUUCAAGCCGUAUUCGACAUUCACAUGAAGGAUCCGAAGGGAGAUAUCCUAGUCUUCUUGACAGGGAGGGAAGAGAUCGAGGAAUGUUGCCAGGAGAUCGCUGAUCGUUCGUUAACACUACCGAAGAUGGCACCUCGGAUUCUACCUUUACCGCUGCAUGCGGGUCUCCCGACCGAGGAUCAGCAGGUCGUUUUCGAGCCCGCUGGUCGGGACACAAGAAAGGUCAUCGUGGCUACCAAUAUUGCCGAAGCGAGUGUGACAAUAGAAGGGAUCGUCUAUGUCGUUGAUUGCGGACACGUCAAGAUCAAGACGUACAAUCCUCGCACCGGUAUGGACGUUUUGACAGUGACACCUUGUUCAGUCGCCUCGGCAAAUCAGCGUUCCGGUCGAGCAGGUCGUACUCAGCCGGGCAAAUCCUACCGACUUUUCCCUCAAUCAGCCAUUACCUCUGGACUAAUGCCUCCAACGACACCCCCAGAGCUGGUACGAUCGGAUAUCUCGCUGUUCAUCCUGCAGCUCAAGGCACUUGGAGUCGACAAUGUACUCAGGUUCGACUGGAUGGAUAGUCCGCCAAGCGAAAUGAUGAUUCGGGCUAUGGAGUUCUUAUACUCGCUCAAAGCCAUCGAUGACUCUGGCAGAUUGACCAAGCCUCUGGGCACCAGCAUGGCUGAAGUGCCGGUUGACCCGAUGAUGGCAGCUAUCCUACUCAAUUCUCACAAUUUCAAGUGCGGAGAGGAGAUCUUGACCAUCGCGGCUAUGACUUCGGUACAGAAUGUCUUUGUCUUUGGAGAGGGGGCCGCGGGUGCUAUGGGGGAGAUAGAACGACGCAAAUUCACUGCAGAAGAGGGCGAUCACCUGACUUUGCUGAACGCCUACAAUGCCUUUGUCCGUUAUGGCCGGCAAUCUCCAAAAUGGUGUGCUUCUCACAAGUUGAACUACAAGGCUUUAUUGCGAGCCGUCUCCAUCCGGAAGCAACUUGGCAAAUAUUUGGAGCGGUUCAACAUUCCGGUUGAAAGCUGUGAGGGAGACGCGAAAAGGUUGCGAAAGUGUCUGGUCACUGGGUAUUUCAAGAAUGCCGCCCGCAUGCUGCCUGACGGAACUUAUCGAAGUGUCCGGGAGAACGCACUCCUCCAUGUCCACCCAUCAUCCGUUCUCUUCACUAGGACUCCUUCCACGAAUUGGGUAAUCUACCAUGAGGUGAUAGAAACCACGAAAAGCUUUAUCCGGGAUCUUACCGUCAUCGAACAGGAUUGGCUGGUAGAAUCAGCUCCUCAUUACUAUACCUUUCGCGGCGGCAAAUUCAAGCCGGAAUGACGCGAAUGCGAAACAUGCACGCAGAGAUGACCGUGAAACCAGAUGAAGGGCGACACUGGGUGAUAAUACAGUUGUAGAAGGUAAUCGCAUUUAGUCACGUUGUAAUACCAUUAGCAUUUAUAGACAGCAUAGGCAUUGCAUGAUUGCCAUAUUUGCCAUAUCAUCACCGAUGGACUCGUCACUGCAUUUAAUGGGG